AUGUCCACCGAAACCCCCAAUCCCCUCUACGUCCCUGAAAUCCUCGCCAAGAUCCUCUCCCAUCUCGACGUCAAAACUCUGCUCCUCUCUCAGCGUGUUUCCAAACAAUGGGCCGAAAUAAUCCAAACAUCUCCCCAUCUCCAAGAAUGUCUUUUCUUCAAACCCGUUCCCCGAAAUAUAGAGGUUACGCUUAAUCCUUUACUGGCCGAGAAAUUCCCAGAUUGGUUUUAUACUAGUGAAGAAGAACCAUGGAAUCGAGUCGGCCAUAAAACUUUCAACGAGCUGGAAUGGGGUUCUUCACCCGGCGUUGCGAUGGCUUAUAGGAGAUCUGAUGCUAGCUGGCGCAAAAUGCUACUGCGUCAGCCCCCACUUGAAGAAAUGUUGAUCGAUUACACCAGGGUUGAUAAACAGGGGCUUUUUUUCUGGGACGUAAAGGUUGAGAAAAAGGAGGGGAUCAGAAUGGGUGUGGCGUAUGAUUAUAUGUACCAGGCUAUGUAUACAUGUAUAUUCGUGGGUGUGGAUGGACCUAUUUAUAAUCAUGAAUUUAUGUUCGAUUGGAGAAAGGAAAAAGUUGCAGGGGUAACGUCGAAGGAGCGCUGCUCGAGAAUCAAGGUAUCGGUGAAGCAGGGGUCGAGUUUUUGUGGAGAAGAUUGUGAAGAUUGUAGAGAUGUUAAUAGUCAUCACAGAAUCUUCAGAAGCGAGGGAUUUGAGAAAGAAGCGGCAAAUGAAGAUGCAUAUUUGAAGAUGAUGCAAGAUGAAGGUUUCGAAACUUGGUGA